AUGUCCGCUCCGAUUCACUGCAACACUUCUCAGACAGAGAUCAAGCUGGAAAAGGUUUGCCACGAGUGGACAGUGAAGAACUUCAGCCACUGCUAUCAAGAGUACCUGGAAACGUACGUGAAAUUAAACAAAGGCGACGACAUUUUGGUGUGGUCUGUCAAGAUCUAUCCGAGAGGAAAUGGCGACAACAACAAGGAUUUCGUUUUUUUGUGUCUGAAUCGCCUGACACCGCAGAGCAACGGUAAAUUUGGCAAGGUUGGCUUCAAAAGCCGCUUCAUCAUGCAAAACUCUGACCGCAAGGCAAUCGACGUCCGGGUGCAUCCAAAUCCGAGCCACUCUGACUACGUCUCGUACAUCAAAAGAGAUGUACUGUUUCCGCAGAUUUUGCCGCAGGACCGGAUCAUAGUGACCGUGGAGAUCGACGUCGCCGUCGAAACGGUCACCACCACCAGCGAAGACUCUGCAGUCAUACCAGACCCUUCUUGCCAGUUGGUGGUCGACUACGACGCCCUUCUACGCAACCAGAUGUUCAGCGACUUUCUGAUCGAGGUUGCUGGAAAAUCGAUCAGUGUUCACCGCAACAUCCUGGCUGCUCGGAGUUCCGUCUUUGCCGCGAUGUUGACUCAUGAUACGGAAGAAUCGCAAAAGGUAUGUGAACCGGAGUCAUCGCAUUUGGGGGGGUAGGU